GAGGCUGGGGGUGGGGGGAGGUCAAGCGUACCCUCUUUUCCUUUACCAAGAUGGCGGCUUGCCCCUGUUUCGCCACAGUUCCUACCUUAUGAGCUUGGUUUUCCUAUGCUAAUAAGAGUGGAACAGCAAAAGCUGGCAGGCUGACAGAGGCGGCCUCAGGACGGACCUUCUGGCUACUGACCGUUUUGCUGUGGUUUUCCUGGAUUGUGUGUAGGUGUGAGACCCACCAUGAGCUCCGUUGCAGUUUUGACCCAGGAGAGUUUUGCUGAACACCGAAGUGGGCUGGUUCCGCAGCAGAUCAAAGUUGCCACUCUGAAUUCAGAAGAGGAGAGUGACCCACCAACCUACAAGGAUGCCUUCCCUCCACUUCCUGAGAAAGCUGCUUGCCUGGAAAGUGCCCAGGAACCCGCUGGAGCCUGGGGUAACAAGAUCCGGCCCAUCAAGGCUUCUGUCAUCACUCAGGUGUUCCAUGUACCCCUGGAGGAGAGAAAAUAUAAGGAUAUGAACCAAUUUGGAGAAGGUGAACAAGCAAAAAUCUGCCUUGAGAUCAUGCAGAGAACCGGUGCCCACUUGGAGCUGUCUUUGGCCAAAGACCAAGGCCUCUCCAUCAUGGUGUCGGGAAAGCUGGAUGCUGUCAUGAAAGCUCGGAAGGACAUUGUUGCUAGACUGCAGACUCAGGCCUCAGCAACUGUUGCUAUUCCCAAAGAACACCAUCGCUUUGUUAUUGGCAAAAAUGGAGAGAAACUGCAAGACUUGGAGCUAAAAACUGCAACCAAAAUCCAGAUCCCACGCCCGGAUGACCCCAGCAAUCAGAUCAAGAUCACUGGCACCAAAGAGGGCAUUGAGAAAGCUCGCCAUGAAGUCUUACUCAUCUCUGCCGAGCAGGACAAACGUGCCGUGGAGAGGCUAGAAGUAGAAAAGGCAUUCCACCCCUUCAUCGCCGGGCCAUAUAAUAGGCUGGUCGGCGAGAUCAUGCAGGAGACAGGCACGCGCAUCAACAUUCCCCCACCCAGCGUGAACCGGACGGAGAUCGUCUUUACUGGAGAGAAGGAGCAGUUGGCUCAGGCUGUGGCUCGCAUCAAGAAGAUUUAUGAGGAGAAGAAAAAGAAGACUACCACCAUUGCAGUGGAAGUGAAGAAAUCCCAGCACAAGUAUGUCAUCGGGCCCAAGGGCAAUUCUUUGCAGGAGAUCCUUGAGAGAACCGGCGUUUCAGUUGAGAUCCCACCCUCAGACAGCAUCUCAGAGACUGUAAUACUUCGAGGCGAGCCUGAAAAGUUAGGUCAGGCGUUGACUGAAGUCUAUGCCAAGGCCAAUAGCUUCACCGUCUCCUCUGUCGCCGCCCCUUCCUGGCUUCACCGUUUCAUCAUUGGCAAGAAAGGACAGAACCUGGCCAAAAUCACUCAGCAGAUGCCAAAGGUUCACAUCGAGUUCACAGAGGGCGAAGACAAGAUCACCCUGGAGGGCCCCACCGAAGAUGUCAGUGUGGCCCAGGAACAGAUAGAAAGCAUGGUCAAAGAUUUGAUUAACCGGAUGGACUACGUAGAGAUCAACAUCGACCACAAGUUCCACAGGCACCUUAUUGGGAAGAGUGGCGCCAACAUAAACAGAAUCAAAGACCAGUACAAGGUGUCUGUGCGCAUCCCUCCUGACAGUGAGAAGAGCAACUUGAUCCGCAUUGAGGGGGACCCGCAGGGUGUGCAGCAGGCCAAGCGAGAGCUGCUGGAGCUUGCGUCUCGCAUGGAAAAUGAGCGUACCAAGGAUCUAAUCAUUGAGCAGAGAUUUCAUCGCACAAUCAUUGGGCAGAAGGGUGAACGGAUCCGUGAAAUUCGUGACAAAUUCCCAGAGGUUAUCAUCAAUUUCCCAGACCCAGCACAAAAAAGUGACAUCGUCCAGCUCAGAGGACCCAAGAAUGAGGUGGAAAAAUGCACAAAAUACAUGCAGAAGAUGGUGGCAGAUCUGGUGGAAAACAGCUACUCAAUUUCUGUUCCGAUCUUCAAACAGUUCCACAAGAACAUCAUUGGGAAAGGAGGUGCAAACAUUAAAAAGAUUCGUGAGGAAAGCAACACCAAGAUUGAUCUUCCAGCAGAGAAUAGCAAUUCAGAGACCAUUAUCAUCACAGGCAAGCGAGCCAACUGCGAAGCUGCCCGGAGCAGGAUUCUGUCUAUUCAGAAAGACCUGGCCAACAUAGCCGAGGUAGAGGUCUCCAUCCCUGCCAAGCUGCACAACUCCCUCAUUGGCACCAAGGGCCGUCUGAUCCGCUCCAUCAUGGAGGAGUGUGGCGGAGUCCACAUUCACUUUCCCGUGGAAGGUUCAGGAAGCGACACUGUUGUUAUCAGGGGCCCUUCCUCGGAUGUGGAGAAGGCCAAGAAGCAGCUCCUGCAUCUGGCAGAAGAGAAGCAAACCAAGAGUUUCACUGUUGACAUCCGCGCCAAGCCAGAAUACCACAAAUUCCUCAUCGGCAAGGGGGGCGGCAAAAUCCGCAAGGUGCGUGACAGCACUGGAGCACGCAUCAUCUUCCCUGCGGCCGAGGACAAGGACCAGGACCUGAUCACCAUCAUCGGGAAGGAGGACGCUGUCCGGGAGGCGCAGAAGGAGCUGGAGGCCUUGAUCCAAAACCUGGAUAAUGUGGUGGAAGACUACAUGCUGGUGGACCCCAGGCACCACCGCCACUUCGUCAUCCGAAGAGGCCAGGUUUUGCGGGAGAUUGCUGAGGAGUAUGGUGGCGUGAUGGUCAGCUUCCCACGCUCUAGCACGCAGAGCGACAAAGUCACCCUCAAGGGCGCCAAGGACUGUGUGGAGGCCGCCAAGAAGCGCAUUCAGGAGAUCAUUGAGGACCUGGAAGCUCAGGUGACAUUAGAAUGUGCUAUACCCCAGAAAUUCCAUCGAUCUGUCAUGGGCCCCAAAGGUUCCAGAAUCCAGCAGAUUACUCGGGAUUUCAAUGUUCAGAUUAAAUUCCCAGACAGAGAGGAGAACCCAGUUCACAGUGUAGAGCCAGUUGUCCAGGAGAACGGGGAUGAAGCUGGGGAGGGGAGAGAGGCCAAAGACGCUGACCCUGGUUCUCCAAGGAGGUGUGACAUCAUCAUCAUCUCCGGCCGGAAAGAAAAGUGCGAGGCUGCCAAGGAAGCCCUGGAGGCACUGGUUCCUGUCACCAUCGAAGUGGAGGUGCCCUUUGACCUUCACCGUUACAUCAUUGGGCAGAAAGGAAGUGGGAUCCGCAAGAUGAUGGAUGAGUUUGAGGUGAACAUACAUGUCCCAGCACCUGAGCUGCAGUCCGACAUCAUCGCCAUCACAGGCCUCGCCGCAAAUUUGGAUCGGGCCAAGGCUGGACUGCUGGAGCGUGUGAAGGAACUGCAGGCUGAGCAGGAGGACCGGGCUUUAAGGAGUUUUAAGCUGAGUGUCACUGUAGACCCCAAAUACCAUCCCAAGAUUAUCGGGAGAAAGGGGGCAGUGAUUACCCAAAUCCGGCUGGAGCAUGACGUGAACAUCCAGUUCCCUGAUAAAGACGAUGGGAGCCAGCCUCAGGACCAAAUUACCAUCACAGGGUACGAAAAGAACACAGAAGCUGCCAGGGACGCUAUAUUGAGAAUUGUGGGUGAACUUGAGCAGAUGGUUUCUGAGGAUGUCGCGCUGGACCACCGUGUUCACGCCCGCAUCAUCGGGGCCCGCGGCAAAGCCAUUCGCAAAAUUAUGGAUGAAUUCAAGGUGGACAUUCGCUUUCCACAGAGUGGAGCCCCAGACCCCAACUGCGUCACUGUGACAGGGCUCCCAGAGAACGUGGAGGAAGCCAUUGACCACAUCCUCAACCUGGAGGAGGAAUAUCUGGCCGACGUGGUGGACAGCGAGGCGCUGCAGGUGUACAUGAAACCCCCGCAACAGGAGGAGGCCAAGGCGCCAUCCAGAGGCUUUGUGGUGCGGGACGCACCCUGGACCUCCAGCAGCAGUGAGAAGGCUCCUGACAUGAGCAGCUCUGAGGAAUUUCCCAGCUUUGGGGCUCAGGUGGCUCCCAAGACCCUCCCUUGGGGCCCCAAACGAUAAUGAUCAAAAAGCAGAAACCUCUCCAGCCUGCUGACCCGAACCUAACCACACAAUGGUUUGUCUCAAUCUGACCCAGCGGCUGGACCCUCCAUAAAUUGUUGACGCUCUCCCCCCUUCCCGAGGUCUCACAGAGAAGCCAGCGCCUGGCUCUGUGUGCGCCGCUCCUCCAGGCCUGGCCGUGCCCAGUGCCCGCUCAGGACCUGCUCCACUGUUAACACUAAACAAGGUCAUGAGCACUCAUGCUAAGAUAACAGACUCCAGCUCCUGGUCCACCCGGCAUGGCAGUCAGCACUCUGACCUUCUUCACGAGAGCACCGCAGCAGCGGCUAGGAUUCGACUUCCUGUGUCAUGACCUCAGGAAAUAAACUUCCUUGACUU